UGGAGCCGCGGAGUCAAACUGCAGCCAUGGAGCAGGCACCUCGGGAUCCCGAGCGGCAAUUGCAGCCAGCGCCCCUAGAGCCGCUGGGCCAUCCCGAUGCGGGGCUGCAGUCUGCGGUCGGUGAGGAAGCGGAGGGGGCCAGAGACGAGAGCCCCGGAGAGGGCACGAUGACUGAAAAUAAUUUUUGGUUGAAGAAGAUAGAAAUUAGUGUUUCAGAAGCAGAAAAGCGAACUGGAAGAAAUGCCAUGAACAUGCAAGAAACAUACACUGCUUACCUCAUUGAAACAAGGUCAGUUGAACAUACUGAUGGUCAAAGUGUCCUAACAGACUCACUGUGGAGGCGGUAUAGUGAAUUUGAAUUGUUGAGAAACUACCUUUUAGUUUACUAUCCCCAUAUUGUUGUGCCACCUCUACCAGAAAAAAGGGCAGAAUUCGUUUGGCAUAAACUCUCCGCUGACAACAUGGACCCAGAUUUUGUGGAAAGACGACGGAUUGGCUUGGAAAACUUUCUCUUGAGAGUUGCCUCGCAUCCCAUCCUUUGUAGAGACAAAAUCUUCUAUUUGUUUUUAACACAGGAAGGUAACUGGAAGGAGACUGUGAAUGAAACUGGAUUUCAACUGAAGGCAGACUCCAGGUUAAAAGCGCUUAAUGCAACAUUCAGAGUGAAAAACCCAGACAAGAGAUUUACUGAACUAAAACACUACAGUGAUGAACUACAGUCUGUCAUCUCACAUCUUCUUCGAGUUAGAGCUAGAGUUGCAGAUCGACUGUAUGGUGUAUAUAAAGUACAUGGGAAUUAUGGGCGAGUUUUCAGUGAGUGGAGUGCCAUAGAGAAAGAAAUGGGUGAUGGACUGCAGAGUGCUGGUCACCAUAUGGAUGUGUAUGCAUCUUCUAUUGAUGAUAUUUUAGAAGAUGAAGAACAUUAUGCAGAUCAGUUAAAGGAGUAUCUGUUUUAUGCAGAAGCGUUGCGGGCUGUAUGCAGGAAACAUGAACUUAUGCAGUAUGACUUGGAGAUGGCUGCUCAGGACUUAGCAUCCAAAAAGCAGCAAUGUGAGGAACUGGCAACUGGGACUGUGAGAACGUUUUCUUUGAAGGGAAUGACUACCAAGCUCUUUGGUCAAGAAACUCCAGAACAGAGAGAAGCCAGAAUAAAGGUGCUAGAAGAACAAAUAAAUGAAGGAGAACAACAAUUAAAGUCUAAAAAUCUGGAAGGCAGAGAAUUUGUGAAAAAUGCUUGGGCUGAUAUUGAACGCUUCAAAGAACAAAAGAACCAUGAUUUAAAGGAGGCCCUCAUAAGCUAUGCAGUCAUGCAGAUCAGUAUGUGCAAAAAGGGAAUUCAAGUUUGGACCAAUGCUAAGGAAUGCUUUAGCAAGAUGUAAUCUUGUGAAAUGAAUUUCUCUUCAAUCAAAGUGCCCCAGAACAGAAGCACAAGUAAAUAAAAAAAAAAAAACUUAAGUUGCUACCCAGUAUACACAAAAAUAUAUAUAAGUUGAGUCAAUUCAACUUUCUUUAAUUUGAUUGUAGUUGUGUUUAUACAGCACAAAAAGGAUGUAUUUUAAUGAAUCUUAAAUAUUAUAAAUUUAAGGUUUUGGGGACUGGUGCUGAUUCCAAAAAGUUAAUUUGAUAAUAUAUACUAAUAGAUCAUUUGUCAGGCUUCUGAACCAAUGACUGAAUGUUAAAAUGUUAGGUAAUUUGUUUGUUUCAAUGCCAAUUGUUUCCAACCUGUUUAUGUAGGGAGUUUUUUCCUUAUAAUAAAUUCCUGUCUUUACUUGGUAAGACCCACUAAUCUGUUAUAGGGGGUUAUUUUUUCUUGCCUUAUAUUGAGCUGUUUGGUUUGACAAAGCUCAGCAAAAACUGAGUGUGAAAUUUUAAGAUUUUCUUCCACAUUCAUUGAUUCCCCCUCUAAUAUUUGCAUACACUAGAAAAUGCCUUCAGUUUGUGUUUUGCCACAAUUUUGAUACUGGUCAGAAAUUUUAUACUGCCAA